AUGUCCUUCCAAAACUUCGAGUCUUUCCAAAACCAGCACGGUGCUGCUGAUUCUGCCACUGCCGGAUCUGGUGCUCCUGCCACCGCUGAUUCUGCCAUGGCUGGACAGUCGGAUCCUUCCCCUGCUCCUUUCCAGGGCCCUGCCUCUGGUGAGGCUGCUUCCGGGUCUGCUCAGCAAGGUGGCGAUGCCAAAACCACUCUCUGGAUGGGUGAGCUGGAACCCUGGAUUGAUGAGAACUUCAUUCGCAACCUUUGGUUCCAGAUGGGUGAACAGGUCAACGUCAAGAUGAUUCGUGACAAAUUCUCUGGAAGUAACGCCGGGUAUUGCUUCGUUGAUUUUUCCAGCCCUGCUGCUGCUGCAAAAGCUCUGACACUCAGUGGCACCCCGAUUCCUAAUACUUCCCGUACCUUCAAGCUAAACUGGGCUUCCGGUGGUGGUCUGGCCGAUCGCAGCCGAGAGGAGCGUGGCCCAGAAUUUUCCAUCUUCGUUGGUGAUCUUGGUCCCGAGGUUAACGAAUACGUUCUUGUUUCUCUCUUCCAGAGUCGCUUCCCUUCUUGCAAGUCAGCCAAGAUCAUGACGGAUCCCAUCAGUGGCAUGUCUCGUGGAUAUGGAUUCGUCCGCUUCUCUGAUGAGACUGAUCAGCAACGCGCUCUUACCGAAAUGCAAGGAGUUUACUGUGGCAACCGUCCCAUGCGCAUAUCUACCGCUACUCCCAAGAACAAGGGCCCUGGCGCGGGACCUGGUGGCGCGAUGGGCAUGCCUGGAGCCGGACCCGCUGGUAUGUACCCUCCCAUGGGUGGCCCUCCCAUGGGCUACUACGGUGCUCCCCAGCCAAUGAACCAAUUCACAGAUCCCAACAAUACCACCGUGUUUGUUGGAGGGCUAUCCGGCUACGUCACCGAGGAUGAGCUACGUUCUUUCUUCCAGGGCUUCGGCGAGAUCACCUACGUCAAGAUCCCGCCUGGAAAGGGGUGUGGGUUUGUCCAAUUUGUGCAGCGUCAUGCUGCGGAGAUGGCUAUUAAUCAGAUGCAAGGAUAUCCUAUUGGGAAUUCGAGGGUUAGGCUUAGCUGGGGUCGUUCGCAGAAUAAUUCGGGACCUGCUGGGACGCCGUAUCGUCCUGCGCCGCCACCACCCAUGUAUCCCACCAUGGGUAUGCCACCUUCCCAUUCGUACGGUGGUGGUUUUGCACCGAUGAAGGUAUGUUUCUGA